GAAGAAACUGCAUCAUAGGAUUUCCUGUUUCUCCAUCUUGGGUCAUGUGGUGACAACUCUUCCUGGUUUUCAUAAUUAAAUUAUAUUUCUGAAACGGAUGGUGAAGAAGAGUUGAGCGUGCAGCGCAGAGUGGCCAUUUCCUUUUGAGGAUCAGUUGUGGGAUCCUCUGUGAACUCCAACGCUAUGCUCAGCCCACAAGUUGAUCUUGCCACCAGUUCAUUCAUCACUCUGGUUGUGAGGAGGUGUGGUGUCCAUUAGAAGAAAUGGAGCAUCAAGGCAAAACACUGAGGGCUGAUAUGAACCCCAAAGUCCUGCUGCAUAGAUUAGCUCUGAAACUGGAUACAGUGGCACUUUGGUCUGGGAAGUGUGCAUGCAAUCAAAACAACAUCGCUCUUGGAGCAAUGUUAGGGUGUCACCUAAGAGCGAACAACAUCACAGUUCAAUCUAAAGUCAAACAUAUGCUCAGCAGGUGCUGCUGCUUAAAGAAGAUGCUCCUGAAGAACAUGGUCUUGGUUUUGACCUACAAUGUCCAGAGUCUCUCCCACCAGACAUGAAUGAGGAUGAUGAAGUGUUUCUCCUGUCGUCUCACCUUCAUCAGCACCACAUACAAGACAGAGAGUUACCAGGAGAUCACUGUGAAACAGUAGAAUCCAUCAAGAAUCAAGAUCAUGGCGAUUAUUCCAACUCAUCAGAGACUGAACUCAUUGAGGAGGAUGAAGCUGAUGUAAAUAAUGUUUUCCGUCAACAAUUGUCAAAUUACAGGCCAAAAAGUAAAUGCAGGGAUAAUGACAGCAAGGUGAGCCAUUCUCCCAUCUCUGAGGAUAAAAUGAAAUUCUUUACUUCAAAGAAAACUCUAGACUCAAUGAGGAAAGUUCAGGUUGAAAUGAAGAUUAGCUGUGAUGACAAUGGUAAAAUAUGCAAUAGAAAUCCAACAUCAAAAACACAUGCGAGAACCCUAGGAGGACAUAAAUAUCUCUGCAAAUUGUGUGGACAGACAUUUAACAACAGAAGAAACUUAGACGCACACAUGAGAGUCUACACAGGAAAGAAGCCUUUCAGUUGUGAUAUUUGUGGAUACAAGAGUAGUGUAAAAUCCAAUUUAAAUGUACACAUGAGAACCCACACAGGAGAGAAACCUUUCAGUUGUGAUCUCUGUGGAUACAAGAGUAGCAUAAAAGGAAGUUUAAAUGUACACAUGAGAAUCCACACAGGAGAGAAACCUUUUAGUUGUGAUAUUUGUGGAUACAGAUGCAGAGAUAAAUCAAGUUUAAACAAACACAUGAGAGUUUACACAAGGGAUAAACCUUUCAGUUGUGAUGUUUGUUUUAAAAAAUUUAGUCAUAAAGGUCUCUUGAACCAGCACAUGAAAAUCCACACACUAGAGAAACCCUUCAGUUGUGAAAUUUGUGGAUUCAGAUGUAACGUAAAAUCAAAUUUAAAUGUUCACAUGAGAAUCCACACGGGAGAAAAACCUUUCAGUUGUCAACUUUGUGGAUACAAAUGUAGCGUAAAAGCAAGUUUAAAAAAACACACGAGAAUCCACACAGGGUAUAAACCUUUUAGUUGUGAUGUUUGUUUACGAAGCUUUAGUCAGAAGGGCCACUUGAAACGGCACAUAAAAAUCCACACUGGAGAAAAGCCUGUCAUUUGAUAUCUUUGGGGAUUCUUGUUUAGAUGGAAAUUACAUUUAAACACACCCCUGAGAAUCCACACAGAAAAAUCUCUUCUCCUGUAAUGCUUGAGGAAAGGGGAUCUACUAAAAAAUAAUUUGAAAUAUAGGAGGAAGAUGGAAAGUGUUCAUCUGCAAUUCCUUUGGCAACUACUGAGGACUCUGAGUGGAAUUAAAGGUGCUACUGCAGAGGUUUCUGUUGGAUAUUUUUGUGUUAAUGAAAUACAGUUUUAUUUGUACAUUUAUCUUUAACUUGGGGCAGGGGUGUCCAAAGUUGGUCCUCAAGAGCCGGUAUCCUACAUGUUUUAAUUCACUGCCUGGUGGUAGUUACUCCCUCCUCAGCAAGUCAAUAUUCAGCAGAGCCAUCAUUUGGUUCAAAUGUGUUGAAUCAAGGAAAGAACUAAAAUAUGCAGGAAUACUGGGCCCUUGAGGACUGUUUAAUUUUGGGUUUAUUUUUUACUU